AUGACCCACCAAUGUCACAAUAAUGUUAUUUGCCAAACCUUUUUCUUCAAUCUGGUAACAUCUUGUGCGCUUCUCUCUCUCUCUGACUGUUCUCUCUCUCUGACUGUUCUCUCUCUCUCUCUUACUCUCUCUGACUGUUCUCUCUCUCUGACUGUUCUCUCUUACUCUCUCUCUCUGACUGUUCUCUCUCUAUAUCUCUCUCUCUCUCUCUCUCUCUCUUUUGUUCUCUUCUCUCUUGCUUUUGCUGAAAAACGCGUCAAGCUGAUCUACGUAUGUGUGUGGCGUUCCUCUUGCUCUCUUGCUCUCUCUCUCUCUUGUGUUUGGCUUGCGACGACGCCAUUGCACCCGACGGCGACAAGCGCCCAUCCUCCUGCCUACCACACCCACACCACACUCCUUCCAACGGCGAGCUACACCGACGCCUUGACGCUGGCGGGGGAAGUACAUUCAUUCACCCCCAGCUUCCUCAUCAACACCACCACCCCCAACCAAACCAUUGCCCCCCCACCAUCCCCCCCUUCACCUUCACCUUAA